AUGUUCGCAGCAGCGUCGCGGUCGAGACCCGGAAUCCACGAGAAGCGCGACGAUGCGGAACCUCGAGUCUAUUGCGAAUUGCCGUCCUUCCCACCCUUUGACGAACCGGUCCCGCCCGAGGUGUCUCUCGAGGAACUCUGCGCCAAAUACCCAAACCACCUUCGAGGGUCCUACUUUGACGCCUUCAUCCAAUGGCACUGGUCGGCCGCCGACAUGUACUCUUGCCUGACCGAGUUGGCCAUCAGCGAAUUCAAGUCCUUCGGCAUCUCGACUUCCAAGUCUUUCGCGAACCGAGCCAACUUCUUGAUGAAGAGACUCGACGCCCGACUGACGGCCCUUUCUGCAGAGGAAGUCACGGCCCUGUGUCUCGCUCCCAAGAUCCGACCGGCCAUGGCGGACGGCACAGAGAAGUACGGCGCAUCCAAACUGCAGGGCAAAUUCCACAACCCCAGUGCUCCAGCGGUUCGAAAAUACCCUUACCGGUCGGGCAAAGAAGGCAAUCGCAACCCUCCUCAACAACCGGCGGCAUUGAGGCGGACUUUUGUGUACAAUGACAAGGAAUACCAGCUCUGGGAUUCGGCCAAGGAGCUCCAAGAGUACAGCCAGAGCAUGGCGACUUACUGGGGGUAUCAGCGUGCGCGUGUCGAACAGAUCAUCAAUGCCGACGCAAAGUACCGUGCAAGCCCAGAUCCUCAGCGCAUCAGACUCAUGCUCCAGAUGGCAAAUUGGCCAUGCAAUGCUGCAACUGAGACGUUCUUCAGCUUCCAAUAUAUCCAGGACUGCCAGGCUUUCGAAAAUGCAAUCUUGGACUUGGUUGUGGCGGCUAUCACGAAUAUGCUGGAUGCUUUCCCGCCCGAGGACGCAGGUCAGCAUCUGCAACUGGCUCGACAGUCGGCCGUUUCUUACGUUUUCGCGGGCCAGGAUGCCAGAUUGGCUAGAUUGAAUGACUUGUUGACGGCCAUGCAGGCUGGAGGAUCGACGUGCGGCCUGGUGGAUCAGGUAUUGUCGUGGACCGCAGACCUGGACGGAGAGUUCUCUGAGGCGGUGGAAUCAGACCCUGUUCCCGGAAAUUCACAGGAGGAGGAAGCGGUCAGUUUCUUCCUGCAGAACUACCUGGAAUCUGAGGGAACUUCAGAUGUCAGCCCCCCAGUCGCACCGGGCUCAAAAAGCUCGAAACGAGAGAGAUCAAAGUCCCCGACUGCCGUGAACCCCGUCAAGCGAGUGAGAUUUGCGGACACCACCACCGUUUUUGGAGAUACAGGUGAGACAGUAAAUGCUUUUUUCUUGCGCGAGGAACCACGUCAAGGUGCUGGGACGGGCAAUUUUGGGCCAGACUGGAACAUCGAUGACCAUGACACGCUCCAACAUGACACGGCUCCUGUCGUCGAUGGAGAAGACGUCGUUUUCACCCUCGAUCCACCAAUGCAAGAGCUGCUUGAAGGAUUCGAUCUGGAAGGUCUGCCAUGGGAUCCUGUCCAGGGUUUUUUGGAUACCUCAAUCGAUUUGACGGCCGCUGACUAUCCACCAGAGGUUGAUGGGUAUGAGUCCGAGUGGGCACAGUUGUUGAGAGAGGCGGGAGCUCAGGACGAUGUUGCCCCAAACACGAACGAGAACGGGAUGGAGACAUCAUGGGAGCUGCCCGAGCUCGUCGACAACGAUCCAGACUGGUUGAGGGAGGCUAUAGCAGGGGCGGCGACUCAGAACGAUGUUGUCCCAGACAUGAACGAGAACGAGAUGGCGACGCUGUGGGAGCUGCCCGAGAUCGUCGGUAACGACCCAGACUGGUUGAAGAAGGUCAUCGCAAAGGCGGAGGAAGACUAG